UGAUACCGUUCGUCUCGGUGGCGGUUUCGAAUGCCGAUUGGAUGUUGGAAUCAAAACCGGUGUAACUACGGGCACGAAAAUUGCCGUUGUCAAUGGUAUUAUGACCAAACAGAUGUCUAUAUCAUUUCACUCCACUAUCAAUAUGGAGGAACAUGAAAAAAACUUAAUGACAGGAACAUUAGAACAGAGGAAGGAGGCCUUCAAAGAGGAUGAGGAGCUCAUGAGAGAAACCACGAAAUUUAUUAGCGAAGUAAUAGAGACGGCUGCUACAGAAGCUUCGAAAAGAAAGAUUCAAUCGGAGGGAGCUGAAGGCGAAGGUAGUAGAUUGAAAGGUGGCGAUACCAUCGCUGGCUGGAACAAUCGAGCGCGUGGAUUCUGCAAUCGUAUUCUGAAUGCGCUUUGCCCGUGCUUCACUAACCAUGAACUGUUCGCCUGGACUCCGUACCGGUAUCGCUUCACAAGACCUUAACCGUUCGACGACACCCCGGAUUUUUCGUUCCGUCGUGCGAGCUUGUCACGAGCAAACAAAUAAACAAAAUAGGAUUAAGUUCUUUUCAUUAUCAAUUCGUGUCUUGAAUCGUGUCUCUCCUACGAUUAACGACAUUGCGUAUUUAUGAAAAUCGGCGUGGCUUUCUAAAUUUCGUUUUCUAAAUCUGGCUAAAAUAAAACACGAAGGUAUAUUAAUUGCCAUUGAUUGCGUGUAAACAAUGAAGACUACUGUAGUAUGGCAUAAAUCGUCAUUAUCGAUACAAGCCCUGAUUAUUAAUUUUCCUAAUGUCUUAUGAGAAAAGACGAGAGUCUAAUCUGCUGUGGCUGCUGUGCAGCCGAGCGUGAAGGAAGCUAUAUUAGUGUUCAAUGGCAGAGGUAACUAUAAGUAUAUAAUUGGAAGUGGCUCAUGUACUUUAUUUUAAGGCAGACGCUUCGUAGAGUAAUUUGAUAAAAAAAAGAGUUAAUAGCAAUGGUUAAUAGCAAUA